CAUCUAGCCUCGCAAUUUGUGUUGAUCGAACCAUGUCGAGACGUUGAAAACCAGGACCUCGUCACUGAAAACUAUAUUUUUCUGAAUUCCGCCGAAAUAGUUUCCCUUGAUUGAAACAGACACUGGUUUCGGAGAUUCGUCGGUGCGGAGCUCCCCCAAAAUGCCACCUAAACUUAAGGCGGUGAGCGAUCAUGAUGGGUAGCCGCGUUUUGAGGUGAGUCGUCAUUGUGAACCGCAUUACUAGCAUUCACAUUUAAAUGUUAACAAUGUCUUAGAAACAGACGCCAAAUAUCAUCCGUUCCAACGGAGUUACUCAGUGAUGUGGUCAAGCUUGAACCUGAAGCUAUGCCAUCAUCGCCAAAGCAGAAUGCGGCGAGGUCGGCGAAGAGGGGAGUCUGGGGAGAGCAAUAUCUCAUGACGAAUCCCAAAUCAGCCCUUGUUCACGCAGAUCUUGUGAAAGUAUUCUCUAACCCCAAAGCCUGGGAAUGUCUUGAUGAAGAAGAGAAACAACAUCUCAUAUCACUAUUACCAGCGCAUAUCCAUCCUAGCCCCGAUCCUGACCCCGACCAUGGGGAUGCGAAAAUCCCACCUUUGCCCGAAACAUUCUUACGCUACGAUAAUAACUGGAGAGCAGCGCUGCGGAAUUUUCAGUCUGACCUCGAAACUGGGCGGUAUAAACCUGAAUGGCAGCGGCUGGCCAAACAAGCAGUCAAAGAACGCGCUGAAGGGAAGUUUGAUAACUUCAAAGAGCAGGAGUUUGAGCAGUUCUGGGGCCAGAAACAGAAGAUAAACUGGGGUCUUAUCGCCGGGGAGAGUUCAAAGGUUAAACUACUCACUCUUAUCAAAGAUGGAGUGGUGCGUGUCGGGGACGUUUGGAAGUAUUCUCGUAUCUUUUCGAAAAAGAAUGAUGAAAAUGGCCAGACGCUGGUUGAGAAGGAAGCACAAAUCAUAGCCAUUGACGGCUCGAAGAUGAGUUUUCUUGUGCCUACUGGUCAACGUGUCUUUUUAUCCACUACUACUGGUGAAACGAGAAAAGAUACAGGUUUAGUCUCCGAAGACAAGGAGAAUACUACAAAUAAUGAUGAAACUGUAGAUCGUGAGUCAAGAAAGCGAAAAGCAUCUAUCUGGAAUGGCAGAGCUCCUCGUAGCAAAGUCUCCAGAAACGCAGAAGAUGCUGAGAUAGCACAAGCACUAUGUUCACGCCAUGAACCUAAUUCGACACUUGCGGCCACUCAAACAGAAAACUCUCCUGGAUUGGAUACCAAGAGCUUCCUCGCGUCGGUCGUAGAGGCUGCUUCGACUCCUGCAGUAUCCGCCCAGCCACUGCCAUCCUCUGACCACUCGGAGUUCGCUAAUGCUGAAAUUUCGACCUCAGUUCAGCUUAAUGAAUCAACCCCUAUUCUGUCACCAAUUCCAUCUGCACUUUUAGACCAUCCUGGCACGAAAGCCGACAUAGCCCUCACAGCUCAAACCGGCGAUGAAUCGCAAGAAAAACCCGAAUCUGAACUCUCCUUUGCUCUGGAAACUGAAAUACGAAACAUCUCCGGGCCCAACGCACUUGCAAAAAAGAUACUCGAGAUCGAUGGCCGCAUCACCGGGCCACCUAAUGGCAAUGCUUGGAAAGAAUUUCGCUGUUAUCGAGAUAAUCAGGAUAUGGGCAGUUUGUGGGAGGUUCGACAGGCUUGGUAUCUUAAGUCAGAGCAGAAUACAGGAUAGCACCAUAGCUAGAACGAGAAAUCUUGUUUGAAUUGUUGAAUCUCGGCUUCCGUUGAGUGGAAAUGGUAUUGUUUGGAUAUAAACCAA